AUGAACCAGCAGGAGACUAAGGAUAUCAAGUUUCAGCUUGUCAUCGGAUCAGUUUUAGCACCUGUUAACCGCUCUGUUUAUAGUUUACUCGUCAAGAUGUCGAAGUUAAGACGGGUGGUCGGAGCGGUGGUGGUCGGCGCGGCUGUCUGCAGUCGCAUCCCUGGAUUGGCGAAAAGUCAGCGCGACCAGUGCAGGAAAGCGCCGCACGCGAUGCCGGCGGUGGGCGAAGGCGCCGCACUGGGUCUGCGCGAGUGCCGGCACCAGUUCCGACAUCACCGUUGGAACUGUUCCCACGUAUCCAACGAUCAGGUCUUCGGCCACGUGGUGGUAGUGGGUAAGAAUUGUUCUGUCACCAGCACUCGGAAGAUGUAAGAUAAAAUUCCAUGUAAAACUAAAUGGGACUCGUUUUUCCUAUCAUCCGAACUAAUGCCUGGCGAUGAUUUAUCUGCCGAAGGCAAAGAAAUGAAGGUGCGGCGGGAUGACGAACGGGAUCGAUAUAAUUCAGCGUAUUUUAGUGUGGAAAAGUGCCAACGGCACCGGUGGAUCCUAGUAUGGAUUGAGUUAUGGACCGGUAGCAAAGAGGCGGCAUUUACGUACGCGAUAAGCUCGGCCGGUGUCACAUACGCAGUGACAGCAGCUUGCAGCCGUGGCAACAUCACAGCUUGCGGUUGUGAACCUGCCGUAAGGACGAGGAAGGAAUUACCGCCGAACGGUUGGGAGUGGGGCGGUUGCAGCGCCGACGUCACGUACGGGAUGAGGUUCGCGCGUAGGUUUCUGGAUGCGAGAGAGAUCGAGGGAGAUGCUCGGAGCCUGAUGAACCUUCACAAUAAUAAAGCCGGAAGAAAGAUAGUCAAGGCUCUUUUACAAACGGAAUGCAAGUGUCACGGUGUAUCCGGAUCUUGCACUGUAAGAACAUGUUGGCGAACAUUACCCAGUUUUCGUCAGAUCGGCGAUGCUCUUAUGAAAAAAUACAGGAGAGCUAAACCCGUCAUGGCUAUUACACCUCCUCCCCCACCCACAGUUCAGACACUGGAUGCAAUGUCGCAUUCAAUGUUGCCAGAAAUGGUACCCAUAUUGGGAAACGACGCCAAAACUCAAGGCAAACCGAACGAUUUCGCCAAAUCGCGGCACAAUCGACAGCCACUGUUGAAAAAAAUCAGCAAGUCCAAGAAGUACUUGGUACUUUCGACGCAGAAACGGUCGAAAGACAAAGAUGGUAGCCCAACUAUAAGCUCGAUUAUAAAUCCGAAGAGAAUUCCAAAAAGAAGCGAGCUAGUUUAUCUUCAACCCUCCCCCAAUUACUGUGAGCCGGAUUUGGCGCAAGGUAGCCUCGGUACGCAGGGCAGAUAUUGCAAUCGUACUAGCACAGAAACCGAUGGAUGUGAUUUAAUGUGCUGCGGUCGUGGCUAUAAUACACAUCAAUUCACAAGAACGUGGCAAUGCAGAUGCAAGUUUCACUGGUGUUGCCGCGUACAUUGCGAGACUUGUAUGGAACGCACUGAGGAAUAUACAUGCAAAUAA